CAUUCGUACCGUCUAAAAAUGUCCCACGUUCACGACCCCGAAUUGCAAGCAAAAGUAAAGAAAACCACCGAGAAAAUAUCAGAAAACAUGCACAUAAUAGCCAACGAGCCGAGUCUUGCAUUUUUUCGCAUUCAGGAACACGUACGGAAGGUUAUCCCGCUAAUUGUGGACCGUCGAGCGGAAGUUGUACAACUGCAGCACGAUUUGCAGGGUAAAUGCUACGACAUGGAGUACGCCAUCAGUGCGGUGAAGGAAAUAGAGACAGCCGAUGAGUCUUUAAAAAAUGUACAAGAGCUGCUGAAGAAUGCCAUAUUUCUGAAACAACAACUAAAGUACGUGGAAUCGAGACGCCCGAAAAAGGAUAGCAACAGUUCGGUGUACAAACGGCUGUCGGCACAUAUUACGCUCGAUUUACCCGACCUAACCGAUCUGUCCGGAGUGGUGCGCGAAACUACUAACCGAGUUGAACAUAUGAUGUCGCAAGCACGCAACUCAAACAGCAACAUCCACAACAAUACGACCGGAACCACGAAUGGUGCGACCAGUGGACCGCAGGAAUUGCAAAGAUCGUACACCACACUCCACUGAUGAGAAGUCGUCGGUUGCCUAUUCCAUUUGGAAUGCUGUUCGAUUCCAUUUAUUUAUCAAGCUGUGAUUGCUCGUUCUUAACAUAAGCUUCAUUAGUUAUUAAAACAUGAAUUAUAAUUAUG